AUGGGUAUCGACUGGGUUCCGGGGGAAAAAGGAUCAUACGGGGGCAAUGCCCUUGUGGCGGCCGCUGUAGCAAUUGCUGCUGUGCAAAUUAUUUUCGUUGUUGCGAGGUUUUAUACUCGGUUUAUACAGCGGACAAAAAUUGGCUUCGAUGACUAUCUGAUUCUACUUGCCCUGACGGCAAGUCUAGCAAAAUCAGCAAUAUACAUUGUCAUGGCCCAAAUUGGCCCAGUCGGAUAUCACGUUCAAGACAUGGAUCAGAUAAACGAAAAGCCAGCCCUCCUAAGAAAAUAUCUCUUCAUUCUUCAAGUUCUCGACUAUCCCUUCAGCGUGACACCCGCCAAGAUGGCCUUGUUGCUGUUUUACGCACGCAUUUUCACCGUUCGAAAAUUUAAGCUCGGCGUUUACAUAGUAGGAUCAUUACUUGUUGCAGUGGGAUUGACAGCUUUGAUCGAAGUGUUCUUUCAAUGUCGGCCCUUCGCCCAUAUUUGGAAUAAGUCGGUUCCCGGAACAUGCACCUCUCAAACACAAGUCUACCGCAUCCUCUCACCAAUUAACGCCUUCACUGGAUUGAUAAUUCUGAUCAUGCCCAUUCCGGAAGUUUGGAAAUUACAUGCGCCCAGAGGACAGAAACUGGUUUUGACGGGGACUAUGGCUAGCAUUAUGAGAAUGGCGAUAUACAUCACUGAGAAGGCGGUGGCUAUGGAUGACGCAAAAUGUAAGGCCCUUGCAUCAAAUCGAAGGAUUACGGUUAAGUUGGCCGUAUGUGUGCUUCUCGAAAGCGCUGUUCUUAUCGUUGCAGCUUGUCUUCUGAGCAUUUGGCCUUUAAUUACUAGGAUCUUGCCUCGACGUCUGCAAGCUUCAUUUGCCCGCAUGCCGCGCGAAAGUCAGCACCGCUACUGGUAUCUGAGGGAUAUUCACUCAAAUAGUAAAAGCCAGGAGCGAAUUGCGCGUUGCAGGGAGGUCCACAUGGCCAGAGAGGAUGCUUGGAGUAGCUCACCAUCUUCUCCUUACUCGUUAGCGGAUUUGGAGGAUCAACGAUUUUUGAUCCUUGGGGAUGACAUGACUGAAUCUCGUUUUUUUGGUGGACGAUGCGAUACUAAAAGUUUUUCAUAG